AUGUCACAAGACGCAGCGACACAUCUCUCAAAUAUUGCAAAAGCGAACGGAAUUGAAGUUCCCUCGACUCCCCGGGACAAAACCAAGGUUGAUCCGUUUUCCUUGUUCGAGCGAGUUUUGCAGAGACCAAGCGGCGCAGAGUUAGCUGCCAAUACAGAACGACUUUCUGCUUUAGCAAAAGACUUCCGACAAAAGCAAAAGGCUAUUCAAAGACAGAAACGGAAGGAACAAGGCAUGAAUCUUGUUAUUAUGGGGUGUCCGAUAUUGUUUGUAGCAGGACUGUGGUACUGGUUCUUGUGCAAAGAGUGGACUUGA